UAUUCUUUGCUAAGUGUACUCGAAUUUGCAGAUAUGAGCCAGGUAACAAAUGGUUACUUGGAUACAACCCUUGAUUGGGUUCCUGGAACCAAGAAUAUUAGACUGAGGGAUUUCCCUAGCUUCAUCAGAACAACUGACUUAAAUGACUUCAUGAUCAAUUUCAUGAUUAGUGAAGUUGAGGCAGUUCCCAAAGCCAAAGCAAUUAUCAUCAACACAUUUGAUGCCCUAGAAAAAGAUGUUUUGGACGCGCUCUCAUCUAUAAACCCGGUCAUUUACUCUGUUGGUCCUUUGCAACUGAUGACGAAUCACAUUCAGAAUGAAAAGCACACAUUAACCAGCUUGAGCCUGUGGAAGGAAGAUUUAGAAUGUAUUAAAUGGCUGGACAAACAAGAACCAAAUUCAGUAGUAUAUGUGAAUUUUGGGAGCAUCACAGUGGUAACAGCACAGCAGCUAACAGAAUUUGCAUGGGGACUUGCCAAUAGUAAUAAGUCAUUUUUGUGGGCAAUCAGGCCUGAUUUAGUUGCCGAUGAUUCAGCAAUGUUGCCACCAGAAUUUGUGACAGAGACGGAAGAUAGAAGCAUGUUGAUUAGCUGGUGCCCGCAAGAAGAAGUUCUGAAACACCCAGCAGUCGGAGGGUUCUUGACACACAGCGGGUGGAAUUCGACCAUAGAAAGUAUAGUAGCUGGAGUGCCUGUCAUUUGCUGGCCUUUCUUUGCUGAGCAACAAACAAAUUGCAGGUAUAGUUGUGUGGAAUGGGGUAUGGGAAUGGAAAUAGACAAUAAUGUGAAGCGAGACGAGGUGGAGGAGCUUGUGAAAGAACUUAUGGACGGUGAGAAAGGGAAGAAAAUGAAGGAGAAGGUUUUGGAGUGGAGAAAGAAAGCAGAAGAGGCAACUGCACCCGUUGGCUUAUCCUUUAUGAAUUUUGAAGAACUAGUUAAGCUUCUACAAAAUUUCAAAUUUGUCAGUUGUUGUUAAGCAUAUGUAUAAUAUAUUUUAUUAGUUUCCAAGACAUUUGAAACAAUUCAUGUAAUCUUGUAUGAAUAUUUUUGAGGCUCCUGCUACUUUUGCCAGGAUGAAUUAAAGUUAGCAUCAGAUCUGCUGUUCCAAAGGAA